GUGUUUAGAGUGGAAAGUUAAAAAAAAAACACCAUGGUAGAAACUAUAAUUACGUCCUAAAUUAAAUAGACGUAUGAAAAAUCAUAGUUUUUGGUAUUUUCGUAAUACACACUCAAUUAUAAUUGAGAUUUCGAAAGUACAAUUUUUUAAUAAGUAGCAAGGUUCGAAAACAAUUAAAAUGUCGUUUUUACGAGGUUCAGAAAACUAUGUGUGGUGUACAACGAGUGUGCUUGGCAAAGGUGCUACAGGGGCAGUGUUUCAAGGGGUUAAUAAAAACAAUGGAGAGCCAGUCGCGGUCAAAACUUUUAACCAGCUCAGUCACAUGAGACCUCACGAUGUACAAAUGCGAGAAUUCGAAGUUCUCAAAAAAGUGAAACAUGAAAACAUUGUGAAACUCCUAGCCAUUGAAGAGGAACGGGAAGGGAGAGGAAAGGUCAUAGUGAUGGAGCUGUGCACUGGCGGUAGUUUGUUCAACAUACUCGACGACCCGGAAAAUACUUACGGUCUCCAAGAACAAGAGUUCUUAUUGGUUUUGGAGCAUUUAACAGCUGGAAUGAAGCACUUGCGGGAUAAUAACUUGGUGCAUAGAGAUCUGAAACCUGGUAAUAUAAUGAAGUUUAUCAAUGAAGAUGGUACAACAACCUACAAGUUGACAGAUUUCGGAGCAGCCAGGGAGUUGCAGGAGGAGGAGCAGUUUGUAUCUCUGUAUGGAACUGAGGAAUAUCUUCAUCCAGAUAUGUAUGAAAGAGCUGUGUUAAGGAAACCAGCGGGUAAAAGUUUUGGAGCCACAGUUGAUUUGUGGUCUAUUGGAGUGACACUAUACCACGUGGCGACAGGGCAGCUGCCUUUUAGACCUUUUGGGGGAAGGAGAAAUAAGGAAACUAUGUUUUUAAUUACAACUCAGAAAGCUUCAGGAGUUAUCUCUGGAUCACAAACAACAGAGAAAGGUCCCAUAGAGUGGUCUCGUGAGUUACCCUCACAUGUGCAACUCAGUGUUGGUCUCAGGAAGCUGGUCACUCCGCUACUUGCUGGUCUUCUAGAGGUGGACCCCCACAGGAUAUGGACCUUUGAGAGGUUCUUCUCUGAAGUCCAGAUGGUCACAACUACUAAACCAGUCCAUGUGUUUCAUGUUCACAAGGCUGUGAGCUUGAAGGUGUUUUUAAAGCCUGAAGAGAAGUUUGAGCAUCUACAGACUUACAUCUGCGAGCAGACGAGCGUGGUCGCCGAAUCGCAGAUUCUGCUGUACCAGGAUAAGCUGAUCCUCACCGAGAUUGACGAGAACACACUUGGCAAAAACUACCCAGACACGACGGCCGAGCAGCCGCUGCUGCUGUUCAGCAAGAGCGAGAGCGGCGUCAGCAUGCCGCCCGAGCCCGAGGCGCCCAAGUUCCCCGUGUUCCCCGCCAUCAUCUCCAUCGAGAACGACGCGGCGCAGGCCAAGACCGCGUGCAGCGUCGGCCACGUGGUCAAGCGGCGCGUGGAGCAGCUGUGCGCCGCCUCCGUGCUGUGCGGCGCCGCCGUCGGCCGCUGGGGCGCGCUGCUGGCCGCGCGCCUGCGGGCCGCGGCCGCGCGCGCCGACGCGCUGGCGCAGCACGCCGCGCGCCUGCACGACGCGGCGCGCGCGCUGGAGCUGGCCGCCCGCGCCGCGCGCCUGCCGCCCGUGGGAGCGGACGGCGCGGCGCGGGCGGCGCGCGACGCGGCCGCGCUGCGGGCGGCGGCCGGCGGGCUGGCGGCGCGCCACGCGGCCGGCGGGCUGCGCGCCGAGUGGGACGAGGCCGUGCCGCACGCGCCGUGCCCGGCCGCGCUGCGCCUGCACGUGCGCGCGCGCGCGCUGGCCGAGCGCCUGCGCGACUCGUGGCAGCACCUGGUGCGGGACCGCGCCACGCGCUCGCUCACGUACAACGACGAGCAGUUCCACAUGCUGGAGCGCAUCACGGUGGCGGAGACGGGCCGCCGCGCGCGCGCGCUGCUGCACCGCGCCGCGCCGCUCGCCCGCGCGCGCGCCGACGCCAUCGCCGACUGGUACAAAGUGGCGCAGACAGUGUACCUGCAGACGCAGAUCCUAGACAAAGACGUGUCGAGCGGUGAGAUGAAGCUGGUGGCGCUGGCGGCGCGGUUGCAAGAGGCCGAAGUGCGCACGCGCACAGCUCUCGCCGCGCACCCGCCGAUGAGCGAGCCAGCGCUCGAGUCGACGUCCGACAAGGAGAGAGAUAGACGCGGGGUGUCCAAUGGUCGGGCGGGGCGUGCAGGGUCUGGGGGUUCGGGUGGGUCAGCGGGGUCAGCGGGGUCGGGGGUUGUUGCGGGUGGGGUGGGGGCCAGCGGGGCCGGCGUGCGAGCAUUGCUGGCCGCCGGGGACGAGGUGGCAGCCGCGCUCGCCAACAACUCGGCGCUGCUGGCGCGGCUCGUGCGCCUCACGGACGCGGGCCCCUAG